UGGAGAGGUAUGUCUCACUCUCACUCUACAAUUCGAAGACACUUUAGCAUGCUUCACCAUUCACUAUGAGCAUAUGGCAAGCCUUGUGCCAUGACAGAACUCUUCGAAUGAGACAGUUUUCUUGCUCAACCUCAUCCUCGUCCAACCUCUGAGAGUUUCAUUCUCGAGCAUCACAAACUGACAAUCAGAUGCAGAACACCACAAUCAACUCCUACGGCAUGAUCAGAAACCCAUACCUCGACUACCUGUACCAAGGCCAGUACGAGUACGAGUUCCUCAACAACAUCAAGAACAACGCCAACCAGCACAUUGGCGACUACAAGGCCCUUGCGGCUAAGCCACCAGCCCAACACGAUGCUUUCCUAGACACUGUUAAGGACCAUGCUUACCACGUCCCCGCCUACUUCGACCGAAGCGAAGCGCCCAAAAAUACACAUGAGCAUGCUAGAGAAGAGGUGAAGCUCGAAUUUGACCCUCCACUCAGCCAUUAUGCGGAGCUUAGAGGUGGUCUGCCGAUUGGCUAUGUCUGGAUCCCACCAAGUUCUCCUGAACCUGAGCCUAUGCCACGCAAGGCAACUCCGGAGCAAGACGUCGUUCCCGUCACUCCGUCAAGGCCAGUCAGGACUGUGACUACUAUUAAGAAGCCCAAGAGGAAGAAGACUGUCAUUUUCGCCUUCAGCCCUUUGCAAAAGAAGCGCAAGCGAGAGACUACCGCCGAGUACCAUAUGCGCUUCACCAGUCCACUUUCGGAAGAGCUGUCGGAUGCGCCUAGUGGUUUGCUGACACCUGAGCCGAGAGAACUUGUACUGCAUCGCAGGUAGUAAGUGGGCAUGAUACGUUCGGUGGAUAUUGGUGGACAAGACCAAGUGGUAGAUCAAGAGUGGGAGAGGUUACUACGUAUAGGAAGUUGGCUGAUAAUGGGGCUAUAGUUCUUUCUUCCCAUUUGCCUUCAAUGCCAUACCCUUUUGUCUCCUCACACCCGCAAAGCCUUCUAGUAUACCGACCCACAUCUGAACCAACGUGAUGACUAUCCUCGCAACGUGAUCUUUCCAUUCAAGGAGUGGUUUCCUUCCACGCAUGAACUUGGCAUCUAUUACC